UAAAGUUUGAUCACAAGAUUCACAUGGGAUGUUGAAGCAUCAGAUUCUAUGUUUAUAAAAUAGUCCCAAUUGAUGAAUGCUAAUGAAUAUUUAGGAGCACAAACAAAAUUAAUCUAGCUAUCUAGUAAUAUUAUUACACCAUUUUUGUCACUAUGACACGUUUGGAGUUCGAUGAUAGUGGCAACAUAAUGGUAGGACAAGUACAUAAUUUUUUAGAGCAUUACACAUGGGAAGGUCAAUGGGAAAAAGUGAUCGUGAUGUACUAUAUUUUUCCGAAGCAGUCACACAAAAAAGUUUUUAAUACGUUAAAUGGCACAGCUCUGCACGUAGCAAUCGAUUUAAAGAAAGAAUAUGUUGUUAGAGAGGUUUUGAAUGCAAUUUUGAAACACAAUGAUGAGGAUGAUAGUCUAACGGUGUUGAAGAUGGGAAAUGAGAGAGGAGACACACCAUUACACAUUGCAGCAUCAAGGGGUUUUGCUAGAAUAUGUAAGUGGAUCAUAGGGAUAAAUAAUGAGAGGAUAGAUUUGUUGAGUAUGAGAAAUAAUAAUGGAGAGACACCACUUUUUCAAGCUGCUGUUAAUUGUAGAAUAAAUGCAUUUGUUUACCUUUCUCAUAUUUUUAAAGAGAUCAAAGUCAAAUUACUACAUCUUAUACGAGAUGAUGUUGAUAGUUUGAUGAAAGAUGUUGCACUAGAUUGUGUGAAGCAAGAUCUUGUACGAGAUGAUGGUGAUAGUAUUCUUCACGCUGCAAUCCAAGGAGAAUAUUUUGAUUUGGCUAUGAUAAUAGUACUUGACUAUCCUUUCCUGAGCAACCAUUUGAACAUAGAACAAUCGACUCCUCUCAAAGUCCUUGCCACUAAACCUUCAGCCUUCAAAAGUGCAAGCAGCCUUUCAUGGUAUAAGCGAAUCCUAUACCAUUGCAUUUAUGUGGAACUGGAUGCUGAAGGAACAAUGAAGCCUUAUUUGAGAGAGAUGAAAGAUAAUCAAAAUUCUAUUUCUAAUGAGAUGAAGCUUCCAGAUACUGCUUUCUAUGAUUUCAUUAAUAGUUGGUUAGAUGUCAGUGGAAAAGAUAAAGAAAAAAUGGAACAAUUCUUCAACCCAGAAAGUUUAUCUAAAUUAGAGAAACAUCAAAUUGGAUUUUUGCCACUAAAUUAUGCAACCAUUCAACAAUUUGUUAAGUCAGCGUAUGUUCAUAUUCUUGGCCUUUCAAAAAAGAAGAAACAGUUCGACCCUGAAAAUCCAUCAAAUGACAAUCAUCAACCAUUUAAAUCAGAGAAAUAUCAAGUUGGAUCUUUUCCAUCAAAUUAUGAAACCUUUCGACAAUUUGUGAUGUCUGCUUUUAUUCUUGGCCUUUCAACAGUAGGGGUAAACCAUGUGAAGAUUGCAAAGACGAAACAUGAAUUGAGUAGUCAAUUAUUGAAGGAAUUAAUGAAAACACCUUAUGAAUCAUUCACCGGAAAUGGUGAGAUACCAACUGACACAGAAAUUGAUCCUGACAUGUACAACAUGUAUCUUCGAUCUAAAAAUGGAAAAGAUGAAAUGGUGGAUGAAAUUGAUAUAAAAGAUACAGCCUUUUUGGUAGCAGCUAGAAAUGGAAUAGUUGAAAUGGUGACUGAAAUUUUAAAAAAAAUACCAAGUGCUAUACAUAGCACAAACAAAAAGAAAGAAAAUGCAUUGCAUGUUGCAGUGAAGUAUAGGCAACCAGUUGUUGUUGAGAUUUUGAAAAAGCAUGCAGAGCCAGAAGUUUGGAAUAAUAUGGUACUAGCAGUUGAUAAAGAUGAGAAUACUAUAUUGCAUUUGGCUGCUGAUGUAUUAGAUGCUGAUAAACCUUUGCAGAUUGCUGGUUCUGCCUUGCAAAUGAUGUGGGAUAUUAAAUGGUUUCAGUAUAUCAAAACCCUUGUGCCACAACACUUCUAUUUCAUAAAAAACAAGAUCACAUCAGACAACCAGAGCACAAGCCAAACACCAGGCGAAAUCUUCAGAAGCAAACACACAAACCUUAUAAGUGAAAGCAGCAGCUGGCUAAAAGACACAUCUGAAUCUUGCUCCGUCGUGGCAGCACUCGUUGCUGGUGUUUCCUUCGCCACAGCGAGUUCUGUCCCUGGCGGAACAACAGAUGAAGGCACACCAACACUAGAAGGCAAACCCGAAUUCGAUAUAUUCACCAUUUCUUCGCUUGUCGGUCUUUGUUUCUCUGUCACUGGACUAAUCAUGUUCCUUACUAUUCUAACUUCUCGAAAACAGUUCAAUGAUUUUCGAAGAGAUUUGCCGCUGAAACUUCUUUUCGGGUUAACCUCUCUUUUCGUGGCAAUUGCUUCGAUGUUUGUUUCGUUCUGCACUGGACAUUUUUUUCUGGUUAAUCAUAAAUAUAAAUCGGUGAUAUUUUCCCUUUAUGGAGUUACUUGCGUACCUGUGACUUUCUAUGCUGUUGCACAAUUUCCUCUAUACUAUGAUCUUCUUACAGCUAUUCUCACCAAGAUUCCAAAGACAACUGCUCAAGGUGACAAAUUAUAAAUGUUUUUUUUUUUAAUCAUUUUUGGAACAAUGAAUAAACCAGUGUGGAGUUGGAUUUUAUUCUUUUGGUUUUAGUCUUCCAUUUAUGUAUGAAUGGGUCAACCCAUAAAUAAGUAAAGUUUAAUUAAAAAUGAUUUCGUUCAAGUAUGGAUUUGGAUAUAUUAAUAUGUAAUACUUAAAGCUUUUGAUUAUGUUUGUAUUGAAGUAAUUGGGUAAUUUGUUUAA